CAUGUUGAUGACACUUUUUUACUAUUAUGUGGGGGACUUUAAUUUCGAAAAAUUACGAAAUGUCGUGACCGGGAAGUACUUUUUUAGUGUUGCUGACGAGACGCUGAUUUUUGCGCCGUUGUUUUUGUCCAAAAACGAACAUAGCGAAAGACAGAAAAUUAGACUGCACCCCUUCCCUCCGUCUAUCAAGAUGGAUAACUUGAUUAAUGAACACCAAAGCCGCAAUGAUCCAGAGAACAAUGAUUCACCUGAAAUAAAGAUUGAAAUAGAUGAGGUGCGCAUUGAGUACACUCAACAGAUGAACACACUGGAAGAAGAGAAUCUAAGUGAUCAGCCAGCAAACCAAGCAGACAGUUCUGAUUUAUCACAGGAGGAUUCUGAGUCUGAUUCAGAGUCUUUCUCUUGUACACAGUGUGACAAGAGCUUCCGUACCGCCUUACAUUUGAAAAAACACCAGAUUAGGCACACUGAUAAAACCCUACACUAUUGCAUAACUUGUGAGAAGAGCUUCCCUUAUGCAUCGCUCUUAAAGCAGCACCUAACAAUGCAUGAUGCUGACAGAACAUACUGUUGCACAAAAUGCGAAAAGAGCUUCCGAUCUGCACCGUGCCUAAGGAAGCACCUGACAACGCACGGUGAGAAGAAUCACGGUUGCACCGAGUGCGAUAGGAAAUUCUGUUCAGCAUCUCGCUUAAAAAGGCACAUGACAACACAUAGUGGGGAAAGACCACAUGUUUGCACCGCCUGUGGGAAGAGUUUUACCCGACCAGAGAGCUUAAAGAAUCAUCAGCUAAAUCACCAAGGGGAGAAGCUGCACACCUGCCACGACUGUGGAAAGAGCUACAGUGUGCUGAAGUUCCUUAAAGAACAUAUGAAAGUCCACGAGGGUCCCCACAUCUGCUCUCAGUGUGGGAAGAGCUACACACUCCUCUACAACUUGAAAAUGCAUAUGUCAGCAGCACAUGGAGAGGAAAAAGCAUUGCCCUGCUCUGAAUGUGGGAAAAGUUUUGUUUCAGAGUACCGUCUGCGAAAGCAUCAGAAGCAAGUACACAGAACAGCCUUCCCCUGCCCUGAAUGUGGGCGAAGCUUCUCCACACUGUCCAUAUUGCAAGAGCAUCAGUCAAACCAUACUGGUAUCAAACCGCAUUCUUGUGAGGAGUGUGGGAAGAGCUUUGGCCUUCUGGAUGGUCUUCAGAGGCACCAGUACACACACAGGCCCAAACCAGAAAAAUCCUGCCUCUGUGAGGAGUGUGGAAAAAGCUUUCUUAACCUCACCCAACUGGCCAGACAUAAACAAGUUCAUUCCAAUGUUAAGUCCCACACGUGUGAGGAGUGUGGUAAAAAAUUCAAACAGAUCGGAGGUUUGAGAAUACACCGCCGCACUCACACAGGGGAGACACCGUUCUCUUGCAAAGAAUGCAGUAAAACAUUUACGCAGGCCAGCUCCUUGAAGGUUCAUAUGUUAACCCACACAGGAGAGAGGUCAUUCUCGUGUAAGGAGUGUGGCAAGACAUUCAACAUCGCAAAGACAUUACGGCUUCAUAUGCGCAUUCACACAGGAGAGAAACCACAUAAAUGCCCUGAUUGUGGGAAGGGAUACCAUCAUGCUCAAGGACUCAGAAUGCACCUGCUAUUUCACAAGGGUGAACGACGGCACACAUGUACUUACUGUGACAAGAGUUUCUUUCUGCCAGGACAUUUAAGAGCACACAUCCGACUACACACUGGAGAGAAACCUUACCUCUGCUCUAAUUGUGGGAAGAGCUUCAAUCGUGCUUGGAAUUUAAAGCAACACAAGAAAAUAUGUCAGUGAUUCAUUUCACCACAAACUGAACUUUCCACAGCAUGUUAUUGUGGGGCUCCUUUUUUGUAAUAUUCUGCCUAUGAUACAUUGUGCUCUAUGCCAAACUAGUCUAAUAAUACAUUAAAUAAAGGUGGUGACUUAUUUUGCAUUGAAUUUGCAUUACAUUUGCUUUAUCCAUUUAUAAUCUGUAUGUUGUUGUGGCAACAAAGUAGAUGACAUGCUCUAUGUAGCCUACUUUGGCUGGGCCAUAUUGUGUGAUGGGGAUACUUGUACUGUAUGACAAACUUUUAGUGAAGAAUGAUUGAUUUGAAUGUAAACAUGUGGUGUCCAAAAUGAACCCUAGAGGGUAGAACUAAACCAAGGAUCUGGAUAUUAUCAUAUCACUCUAGCAGAGAAACCUCCAGCUUUAUUCAAUGCCUUGAUAUGUACGUUCUCAAAAUCUACUUAGAAAGAAUAUACAGCUACGUUAUUUCUGUCAAUAUGCUAUACUGUAUAUACACUCAGUGGCCAGCUUAUUAGGAACACCCAUCUAGUAUCGCGUCAGACCCCCCUUUGCCUCCAGAAUAGAAUUCUUCAGGCAUGAAAUGUUGCUCAAUUGGUAUCAAGGGACCUAACGUGUGCCAGAAAACAUUCCCCACACCAUUACACCACCGCCACCAGCCUGUACCAUUGACACCAGGCAGGAUGGGGCCAUGGACUCAUGUUGCUUACGCCAAAUUCUGACUCUGCCAUCACAUGACGCAACAGGAACCGGGAUUCGUCGGACCAGGCAACUUUUGUCCACUCCUCAAUUGUCCAGUGUUGGUGAUCGCGUGCCCACUGGAACCAAUUCUUCUUGUUUUUAGCUGAUAAGAGUGGAACCCGGUGUGGUCGUCUGCUGUAAUAGCCCAUCUGUGACAAGGACCAAAGAGUUGUGCGUUCUGAGAUGCUGUUCUGCACACCACUGUUGUACUGCGUUGUUAUUUGCCCGUUUGUGGCCCACCUGUUAGCUUACAUGAUUCUUGCCAUUCUCCUUCGACCACUUAUCAAUGAACUGUUUUCGUCCACAGAACUGCCGCUGACUGGAUGUUUUUUGUUUGUCGCACCAUUCUCGGUAAACCCUAGACACUGUCGUGCGUGAGAAACACGUGUUUCUGAGAUACUGGAACCGGCACCCCUGGCACCGACAAUCAUACCACGUUCAAAGCUGCUUAGAUCACUUGUUUUGCCCAUUAUAACGUUCAAUUGAACAGUAACUGAAUGCCUCGAUGCCUGUCUGCCAGCUUUAUAUAGCAGGCCACUUGACUCACUGUCUGUAGGAGCAAACCAUUUUCGUGAACGGGUUUGUGUACUUAAUAUACUGGCCUCUUCGUGUAUAUUGCUUUGUAAAAUAAGAACAAAAUAAUCCUGAAUAUGCCUUGUAUAAUCUCGAACAUCCCUCUGUAGCAUGGCUUAAACUAGCCAUUUUCACUGUUUAUUUUUACCAUUUGAAUACAUGUAUUCCAAAAAAAAUGACUGCUCUGUGUUAUUUUUCUUUGCUGCAACUGUAUUAGUAUUUAGAGACGAUGCACUUGUAGAGGCCACACUAUGAGUUACAUUUCUAUGUUUGGGUGAAUUUUUAUCAAGACAAGGUAUGUUCUAAUUAUGUUAUUGCUGAAUCAUAUCCACUUCACACAGGACAUGGCUAACAUAAUGGAGAGAACAUCAGUGUAUUCAAUGUUUCUAAGGUAAACCCCUGUCUUGUACUGUACUACUGUACACCCAGGCAAGGUGAGCAUACCUCAGCAACUAGUCUGUGUUCCAUGUCUAUGUCCAGGUAAAUUCCUCCCUUUUACUGUACUGUACUUCGGGUAUCAAUCAGAGGGAGACGGGAAUGUGUCCGCUUUGAAUGAAAUCGAAUCCUCCUUCACUUACAUCCUCUGGGUCUGCGUUUUGGCCUGCUCUCUCUGUGUGGUGCUCAGUGCACUGUGCACUUACAGGCUGAGACUCAGUGUCAUUACCGCUCUAAUCACAUUCGGGCUCCGGAGCAGGUAGGCACUGACUCUGGAAGCAUACAGGGAAGACUGUUUGUACUGUAAGUGUUACU